CUGCAUUAAUUAACCUCAUCUGCAUGCUCAACAGCCAUUCCGAGAGAGGAGAACAAGGCUGUGGGUUUGUGCCUCCCUCCCUGGGCUGCUCUCCCCAACCCUCCCAGCUCAUGGGUGCAGCCUGUGGGUCGGGGCUGGAGGGGUGAGCACUGUCACCUUCCCAGCUGAGAGCUGGGUCUGCGGGAGGAGGUACACAGGGUCAGGAGGAGUCAUCGGAUCAGAGAAGGCAGAAAAGUUCCCCAGCAGGCAGGAAAGCAGCCGGGGAAGAUCCAUCUCUGCAUGAGCUUCUGAGGCAGAUCUGGAACUGCAGGAUUGAUGGAGAUGCAAUGAGAGCGUAACCAGCCCCCUCCCGCGGGCAGGGACCGAUGCUGCCUCUCCCCACCAGCCAGGAUGGAACUAGCUAAUUCCAAAGACUUCCAGUGGAAAACCCUUGCCCCACUCCCGAGUUGCAGGGUCUACUCGACCUUGGUGGAAGCUGGUGGGCAGGUGUUUGCCAUUGGGGGCUGUGAUGACAAUGGUGUCCCCAUGGACUGCUUCGAGGUCUACUCCCCCGAGGCCGACCAGUGGACCUCGCUGCCCCCCAUGCCCACAGCACGGGCAGGGGUGGCCGUGGUCAACUUGGGCAAGAGGAUCAUGGUGAUAGGAGGGGUUGGAGUGAAUCAGAUGCCGCUGAAGAUAGUGGAAAUGUACAACAUAGAUGAGGGCAAGUGGAAGAAGAGGAACUCGCUGAGAGAGGCAGCCAUGGGCAUCUCCGUGACAGCAAAAGACUACAGAGUUUAUGCAGCUGGAGGGAUGGGGUCUGACCUGAGGCCCCACAACUACCUGCAGCACUAUGACAUGCUCAAGGACAUCUGGGUGUCACUGGCAGCCAUGCCCACACCCAGGUAUGCUGCCACCUCCUUCCUCCGGGGGACCAAGAUCUACGUGCUGGGUGGAAGGCAGUCCAAGUACGCCAUCAACGCCUUUGAAGUCUUUGACACAGAGACCAGGUCGUGGACCAAGUUUCCCAACAUCCCCAACAAAAGAGCCUUCUCCAGAUUCGUGCCCACAGAAGACAAACUCUUCAGUCUCGGGGGCCUGCGGCAGGGGCGGCUCUACCGGCAGCCCAAGUUCAUGAGGACCGUGGACGUGUUUGACGUGGAACAAGGUGGCUGGAUGAAGAUGGAGCGUUCCUUCUACCUGAAGAAAAGGCGAGCAGACUUUGUGGCUGGCUACCUGAAAGGCAGAGUUGUCGUGGCUGGGGGACUAGGAAACCAGCCGACUGUCCUGGAGUCUGCAGAGGCAUUCCACCCUGAGAAGAACAAGUGGGAGAGCCUGCCCCCCAUGCCCACCCCACGCUGUGCCUGCUCCAGCAUCGUGGUCCGGAAUUGCCUUCUGGCUGUGGGUGGGGUGAGCCAGGGCCUGAGCAGUGCUGUGGAGGCUCUGUGCCUCUCUGACUCCUAGCUGGCUCCUGCCCAGCAGUGGACCCUGCCCCUGCCUGCUUCCAGCAGCCGUGGUGGUGCUGGGCAGUGCCUGGGGUGGGUGAGAACCACCUGAGCUGCCCUGGGAGCCUGGGUCUGCUGGUAGCUAAACCCAGCCUGAAUCUGGAGCCAGCAGGAGCUGGCAGCUAGGGCUGCUGUUCCUCUCCCUCCUGGGUGCUGCUGUUCCAGACCACAGAGGGAAGGAGUCCUGUCUGGUCACCUUCAGAGCUUGCAGCACUGGUGUGCAGUGUCUCCUGUCAGGAAGGACUCUGGAGAUCAGGGCAUGGGUGAGCAUCUCCCUGCUGCCAUCCUCACCCACUACCAAAGGUUUGGAGGUGCAGGAGUAUCCAGACAGGUCAGUGGUGGUUCAGGGAGAACUGAUGUGCUGUUGCCCUCUUUGAGCACCCUGGGACAUAUGUGUGCUUCCCUGCACAGAUCCCCUUGGCUUGCCAGAAGGGAAUGUCCCAACUUGCAGCCAGAUCCAGGGGAUUGUUUUUUGCCUUCAUAGCAAGGCUUUUCCUGCAGACCUGUAGCAUUUGACUGUCAUGUUGCCAGGAGCUGGAGUUGAGGGCAUGAAUGCCCAAGGGACUUGUUUUGCCUUGAGGGCAGACCUUUUGGCACAGGACUAGCACUGAUACUACCUUUGGGUUUUGUGCAGAGAUGGUCCUUAACCUGCAAUGGUCCAACCUGGUUUUUAGCCCCUGUAAUGAUUCCAGAUCUUCUGUUCAGCUCUGGGAGAAAGGAACAAAACUGAGCUUUGUGUCUGGUUCCAGAGCUCUCCCCCAGGGCUGGGCAGUGUCACUGGUGAUGGCUUUGCUGGCAGGGAAGCCAGAAGACCCCGGCCAGAGCUGGGGCAGUUUUUGAGGGGCUGUCUGAACCGUAGGGUUACAAUUCCAGCUUGUAGCAGUCGCACCAUUAAAA